UUUACAAAUGUGAUCUAAAAAGUUGAUCUACACAGUGUGCGAGCUGCUGCAGAAAACCUAUAGAUUUUGUUCUCUUUCAGCACUUGUGUUGUGCUCUAUCAAAAUUAGUGGAAGAAAUUAAUGGUAAGCACUAGUAAGUUCAAGGGAAGGAACAUGGAGACAGGACUUGUGCUCUUGAUCCCCAUACUUCAUCUCCUACUGCUUGUCAUGUGUCCUCAGGGAAUCGAAGGAAGAGACUUUAUGGAUCGAAGAAUUCGUGCUAAGACAGAUGGUGAUAAUGGCCAUGAAACUACACAUCAUGACCAUGCUCAUCAUGCUCAUCCAUCAUCCCACAUGCAUCACAUGGACCAUUCCCUCAUGAUUUUCUUCACCUUGAAGGACCUAAAGCUGGGGAAAACAAUGGCCAUCUAUUUUCCCAAAAGAAACCCUUCAAAAUCUCCCCACUUGUUGCCAAGAGUAGAAGCUGAAUUAUUUCCCUUCUCCUCAAAACAACUCCACCACCUUCUUCAAGUUUUUUCCUUCUCUCAAGACUCUCCCCAAGCCAAAGCCAUGGAAGAUACUCUUAGACAAUGUGAGACUGAACCCAUCAAGGGAGAGAUCAAGUCAUGUGCUACUUCUUUAGAAUCCAUGCUUGACUUUGCACGCAGCAUCUUCGGAUUGGAUAAUACUUUCAGUGUUGUGUCCACUACCCAUCUCACAAACUCAUCCACCCAUUUCCAGAACUACACUAUUUUGGAAGAGCCUAAAGAGGUUUUAGUUCCCAAGAUGGUGGCAUGUCACACCAUGCCUUACCCUUAUGCGGUUUUCUACUGUCACAGCCAAGAAAGCAUGAACAAGGUUUACAAGGUUUCAUUAGGUGGUGAGGAUGGAGAUAGAGUGGAUGCUGUUGCUGUUUGCCACUUGGACACCUCUCAGUGGAGCCCUAAUCAUGCUUCAUUUCAAGUCCUUAGGAUUAAGCCAGGGUCUUCCCCUGUGUGCCAUUUCUUUCCUGCUGAUAAUCUUGUAUGGGUUCCAACCUCCACUUCUGUGUAACACUUAAUGCAGCACAGUGUUUGACUAUAAAAAUAAAGGUCAAUGUUCUUCGGAACUUGUUGAUUUUUCUA